AUGGGGCUGUCCUCAUUUGUUACAGCCGGGCUUUUAGCCCUGAGACUCUUCGCUCCUGCUGGAGCCGUUCCCACGACUGCGGUGCAGUCUCGCGCAGAUACCGCCAGCAGCUAUUGGGUAUCCACCAUCGACCGCCAGGGCACGGCUGCGUUUGGCGAGGCCGACUACAAGGUCUUCCGAAAUGUCAAGGACUACGGCGCAACCGGCGACGGCACCACUGACGACACUGCCGCCAUCAACAAGGCCGUCCAGGACGGCACGCGAUGCAUCAAGAACUGCGAUUCUAAAACCAAUGCCCCCGCUCUGGUCUACUUCCCUCCUGGCACCUAUCUUGUCAGCUCGCCUAUCAUCCAGACUUACUACACUCAGUUCGUCGGUGAUGCCAUCACCCCUCCUACGCUCAAGGCAUCCGCCGGAUUCAAGGGUAUGGCCGUCAUCGAUUCAGAUCCUUACGAGGACGAUGGCUCCAACUGGUACAUCAACCAGAACAACUUCUUCCGCCAGGUGCGCAACUUUGUCAUUGACAUUACGGCUCAGCCUGCCUCGACGGGUGCCUGUAUUCACUGGCAGGUUGCCCAGGCCACCUCGUUGCAGAACAUCGUCUUCAACAUGAACCCGGAUACCAGCUCGGCCAAUGCGCAAAAGGGCAUUUUCAUGGACAACGGCUCCGGUGGUUUCAUGGCCGAUUUGACCUUCAACGGUGGUGGCUAUGGGGCUUUCAUCGGCAGCCAGCAGUUCACCACUCGCAAUAUGACGUUCAACAAUUGUAAUACUGCUAUUUAUCUUAACUGGUGCUGGCUGUGGAAUAUGCAGAACGUCAACAUCAACGGUGGUAAUAUCGGUAUCGACAUGUCGAGCGGUGGUGUCGGCAACAUCCAGCCUGGCUCUCUCCUCCUGCUUGACAGCAAGUUCUCCCAAGUCCCUAUCGGCAUCAACACUUUGUACCAGACGGAUUCCACCAUGACAAACAACACAUUGAUUCUGGACAAUGUCGACAUGAGCGAUGGUGUCACCACUGCAAUUCGUUACGGUGGAGACAACAGCACCCUGCUUGCCGGCGGUUCCAAAGUUGCGUCAUUUGCCCAAGGUCGCCAGUAUUCGGGAAGCAACGGCAAGACAGUCCAAACACCCCAGGACGCCAUCGCCAAGCCCGAGAGUUUGAUGAGCAACGGCAAGGUCUUUACCCGCUCCAAGCCCCAAUAUGAGAGUGUUGCUGCAAGCACUUUCGUCAGCGUCAAAUCGGCAGGUGCAAAGGGCGACGGCACCACUGAUGACACGGCGGCGAUCCAGAAGAUUCUGGACGACAAUGCCGGUGGUGAAAAGAUUGUAUACUUUGACCAUGGCGCCUACAUGAUCACCGAUACUGUCAAGGUCCCCAAGAAUAUCAAGAUCACUGGCGAAAUGUGGCCUCUCAUCAUGGCUUCUGGCGAGAAGUUCAGCGACGAAAAGAAUCCCAUCCCCCUCUUCCAAGUUGGUGAGGCGGGUGAUACUGGUGAUGUUGAGAUGUCGGACUUGAUAUUUGAGACGAAGGGUCCAGCUCCCGGUGCCGUUCUCAUGCAAUACAACCUCGCUGGAACUUCUGCUGGCUCUGCUGGUUUGUGGGAUGUUCACUUCCGCGUUGGUGGUACUGCUGGCACUGAGCUGCAGUCCGACAAGUGCUCCAAGAACCCCAACGUGACCACGACGCCCGAUCCGGAAUGCUAUGGUGCUUUCAUGAUGUUCCACGUCACCAAGACCGCCUCUGUUUACGUUGAGAACUGUUGGUUUUGGGUUGCCGAUCACGAGCUGGAUCUCGAAGACCAUAACCAGAUCAACAUCUACAACGGUCGUGGCGUGCUGAUUGAGUCGGAGAACCCCGUGUGGUUCUGGGGAACGGCCUCGGAGCACUCGCAGCUCUACAACUAUCAGCUCACCAAUGCCCGCAACACUUUCCUUGGAUUGAUCCAGACUGAAACUGCCUACAUGCAAGGCAACCCCGACGCCAAGGUGCCCUUCUCCGUCAACGACGACUUCUCCGAUCCCGACUUCAGCGCCUCGUGCACUGGCGAUUCAGACACUUGCGCUCGCACUUGGGGUCUCCGUGUUAUGAACAGCUCUGAGGUGUUUGUUUAUGGUGGUGGUCUUUACUCGUUCUUCGACAAUUACGGCCAGGAUUGUCUCGACACAGAGAGUUGCCAAGACAACAUGGUCAGCAUCGAGGAUUCCAGUGUCCAGUUGUUUGGCAUCAGCACUAAGGCUUCAGUCAACAUGAUUACCGUCGAUGGAAAGUCGGUUGCCCUGGAUAAGGAUAACCGCAACACUUUCUGUGCCGCUAUCGCUAAGUUCGCAACUAGCGGUGGCUCGUCUAGUGCUUCCCAGUCGGGCUCUGAUAGUGGCAGCGGCAGCGGCUCUGGCUCCGGCUCUAGCUAUGGUUAUGGGUCCGCAAGCUCUAACGCCGAGACCGCCGCCACCCCUACAACGGCCGUACCUGUCCCCGAGACAACCACAACCGCUCUCCCUUCGGAUGGAUCUUCUGAUAGCGAUGAAGGAUCUCCUGACGAUGUGACGACUGUGUCGAUUCUAGGAGGUACGGCGACGGCUACGGGAACCGUGACUGCAACCGCUGAAGGCGGAGGCGGCGCGACUGUCACAGUGACCGUCACCGCAACCGUGACGGCGCCUUGCAGCGCAUCCUAG